AAACAAACACAUCUAGCCUUGAGUAAAGUCCGCUGGGGAACACAUACAGGAACAGAGCACAGAGUCUGUCUGAAAGAACAGGACCAACGAACAAGAGACUCACUUCAUCACCUGCAGACAGAGGUCUGGGCUCAGAGACCAUGGAUCUCCUGCACAGCUGGGGGGUCGAGUUGGCCGUCCACCUGCAGACUGGAUACAGCAGCUACCAGAGCCUGUUCCAUUUGGCCUCCACCGUGGCUGAUCUUCAUACCACCUUCUUCUGGCUGUUCCCAGUGUGGUUCCACCUGCAGAAAAACACUGGGCUCAGGCUCAUCUGGGUGGCUGUUAUUGGAGACUGGCUGAACCUAGUGCUCAAAUGGGUUCUGUCUGGGGAGAGACCCUACUGGUGGGUUCAUGAGACCCGGUUUUAUGGAGCAGGACCAGUUCCUCCUCUGCAGCAGUUCCCCAUCACAUGUGAGACUGGGCCAGGAAGUCCUUCAGGUCAUGCUAUGGGUGCAGCUGGUGUCUGGUAUGUGAUGGUAACAGCACUGCUCUCAACCGCAUCUGAAAAGCACUGUCCUCCUCUGUUGUUCAAGUUCCUGCAGAUAGGCUUGUGGACGCUGAUGGCUGUGGUAGAGCUGGUGGUCUGUAUGUCCAGGGUCUACAUGGCUGCUCACUUCCCUCACCAGGUUAUUGCCGGAGUCAUUAUAGGUGUCCUUGUAGCUGAGAGUGUCUCCCGGUCUAAGUGGAUCUACAAUACCAGCAUGAAGAAGUACGUCUCCACCACCCUCCUCUUGACCUCCAUUGCUGUCGGUUUCUACCUCCUACUCAAAGCUGUGGGCGUGGACCUGCUGUGGACCCUGGACAAGGCCCAGAAGUGGUGCAUUAGGCCCGACUGGGUCCUUCUGGACAGCACACCCUUCGCCAGUCUCAUGCGUAACAUGGGCACCCUGUUUGGUCUGGGUCUGGGCCUGCACUCACCGCUCCACACUGAGACCAGGAAGAACAUCAGUGUUUCCUUUAAGUUAGGAUGUAUUGUUCUGUCUUUGUUUCUGCUCCAUCUGUUGGAAGGAUGGACCUUUUCCUCCGAAAACCAUGUGACUUUUUAUUCCCUGAUCUUUAAGGGAGAGAAACAAGAUAAGAACUUGUGA